GGCAUCCCGGCCCCCGCCCAGGGCCCAGGGGCCGCCUCCCGCCUCCCAUCUCUCCUCUCGUUGCCUAUCCCGUCCCCUCUUCCAGGUCUCCUCUGCCCGUCCUCUUGGUUUUCGACUCUGCUCAGGACCCCGGCCCGUCUGCCUCCACCCCUGCGUCGGUCGCCUCUUCCCCUCCCAUUCCUCCUUCUCUUCCCACCCCACCGCCCUCCUGCCCUCCAUCCCAGCCCCUUGGCCCCAUAGCUCUGCCUUCCUUCAGUCACUGCCUUCGUGCGGGGAAGGUUUGCAGCCUAGUUUUGGGGAUCGUGGGCUCUGUGCGGCCGCGACCCGGAGGAGCGGGCAGGGGACAGUGUAUGGUUGUGGUGUGUCAGCCUUUGGCCCCUUAGCCAGAGGCGGCCUGCGCGUGGUGUGCAGAGCGCAGCUGUGCAGUUGCUGUUUCCUGCAGGCUCAAACAACAAAUGGGCCUGUGUGUGUGCCUCUGGUGUGUCCAUGGGUGGCGUGGGCGCUGGUGAGCAUGCAGGUAGGGACACACCAGUCACUGGGCUGAUUCUGGUUUGGGGCGGCUGGGCCUGGAGGCUUACCUUCUCCGUACAAGUGCCUUCGGGUAAGUGGCCAGUCCCCCUCAGGGGAUGAAGCUCGGGCUGGUGGGACCCUGGGCCUUUCUCUGGCAGCCAUGAGCACCAGCCGCCCUGAGGUGGGUGCCCAGGUACCCCGGAGCCCCUGCCCACAGCCCCCGUGCCGGAGCUCGUCCAGCCUGCUGGGUCAAGGCCGGGGGCAGAGGCCAGAGCUCUGCAAGAGUGCCAGCAGCCCUGGAUGGAAGGCCCAGCCAGGUGAGGCUAGUACCUGUCCACCAGGCCCGAAGGAGGAAGGGCACCCAGCUGAGAACACGGAGCAGGCAUGGGCCUCCCGCACCCCCCCACAGCCUGGUGUCAUGGGCCACUGGCACAGCAGCACAGUGGACAGUGUGUCUACUGUGGGCGGUGGCGAUCUGUGUCACCUGCGGAUUCCCAGUGCUGCUGCCAUGCAGAGGAGCCACUCAGACCUAGUCCGCAGCACCCAGACCCGGGGUCACAGCGGUGCUCAAAAGGCCAGCCUCAGCUGCUCAGCACUUGGCAGCUCUGUCCACAGGGCUCGGCUGCAGCCUGGCACUACUUCUAGCCAGGGAGGCUGGGCCUCUGCAGGCCGGGAAAGGGACCUGACCCCAGAGGAUGGGACUUUGAACUCAUCCUGGACACAAGGAGAGAGUCAGGUGUGGGUACCGCCACUGGACCUGGGAGACACAGCCAGCCACAGCAGCAGCUCUCAGGCUGGGCCCAGAGCCCCUGGGCUGCCAGCCACCACCUUCUGCCACGCUCAGCCCCCAGCAGCUCUCCUCUGCAGAAUGAGGGAGGUGGGGGUUGAUGGCUGCUGCCACUCCCUGCCUGCCCCAGGGAUCCUGACCUUUCCCAAACUAAUGGCAUCAAUGAGUGAGUCCAGGCUGCAGCCUCAGCAUGGGGUGAAGUUCCACUGUCAAUUGUCUGCGGGGCUUCCUGGGCACUCCCCCUGCUGUGCCCAUCCUUGGGCUCCCACUAGGUUAGCCACAGAGCCUGGUGCCAGGACUAAGGAUGUGUGGACUAUGACCUCUGUCGGUGACUUGGUGCCCGUGGUGACAUCCCCUCUGUCAGCCCAGGAUGCUGGUGUGCAGGCAGCCCCCAUGGCAGUCUGCAAGGCUGUGUCUACCAGCCCACCCCUGGAAGCCCCUGUGGCUCUGCAUACAUUCCCAGAGGUAACUCUGGGGUCCAGCCUGGAGGAGGCAGCAUCCCCUGUGCGGGAUGUGCGAUGGGAUGCUGAGGGCAUGACAUGGGAGGUUUAUGGAGCUGCGGUAGACCCUGAGGUGCUUGGCAUAGCCAUCCAGAAGCACCUGGAGAUGCAGUUUGAGCAGAUGCAGCAGGCACCCACCAGCGAGGAGAGCCUUUCUGCCCAGGGCCGGAGGCGGCCGCUGCGAGCUGUCAUACAGUCCCUGCGGUGCCCCAGCUGCUGCAGUUGUUCCAGCGAAGCUCCUGAGUGAGGAGCUGCAGCCCUUGGCACUAUCCUGGGCCCAUGGACUUGGCUGCAGGCCAGGGACAGUGGGGUCCCCGUGCUUCUUGGACCCAUCUGCAGCCGUGGACAUCUCUGCUGUCAGGUGCCAGCAGACCACAGGACUGGAGCCUGGGCGCUUCCUGCUUUUCACAGCUGAGCUGGUUUUUAAGGGCUUGAUCCCCAGGAGCCACAUCUCUGCUCAUCUGGGCUCUGAACUUUUGGGACAAAGUUUCAGCACUGUUCUUAAGGGAGAUCCUGAUUUUUCUGUAAAAAUACUCAACCUUUUGUUUAGU